GAUGGCGAACGAUCAACUGAGAGAAGUAUUAAAUAAGCCAAAAAUAUUAAAAAAUGACUUGAAAGAUAAUAAUUUAACUAUAAGGAAUAACUUUGAGAAGGAUUUCAAACUAUUUCUAACGAAUAAGUCUGCGGUUGAUAAUAUAUUAGAUAGUGUCGAUAGAUUAGACGUUAGUUUAAACAUUUCUAAUGAUUUUGAUAAAUUCAACAAUAACUCUUCAAAUAUAAAAGAAAAGAUUAAUUCUAACUUACAUUUAUUGAAUAAUUAUCAAGAUCUAGAUAAGUUACUCAAUCUUAAUAAAGAGUUAAACUUACAUCUGAAUAACAAUAAUUAUAAAGAUUUUCUACAUUUGUUAGACAGCUUUAAAUCUAUUACAAUAGAAACAGAAUUGUCUAAGAAGUUAUCAACUGACAUAAACUCAACCAAAAUCAAAUUUAAGAACAAAUUAUUAAGAAACCUUAAAUUAGAUAAAAGAUUAAAUGAGUUGAACAAGCAAAUCAAAUAUUUAAAUUUAGUAUUUGGCAUUGAUUAUCAUCAAUUAUCAAUCAUUUAUUUGAAAUCUAGGUUAUUUUAUUACGUCGAGUAUAUCAAUAAUUAUAACAACAACAACAUAGAAUUGCUCAUUAACAAUUACUUUGAUUUUACUAGACAAUUCUUAUUAGAUUUGAUUAGUCAAUUUCAAUCAAUUUUCACUUUCAAUCAAACAAACAUUUUGACAUUCUUGCCUUUUAUUAAGCAUGUCUUUACGAUAUUAUUCAAUCUAAUCAAUAAAAAUUUCAAUAAGAUUGACAAUUACCUUGCUUUGUCCUCAAUUUCAGGUACAUUAACCUAUAUAAACCAAUCAUUUAGUUUGAUAGGACUGGACAUAUCAUCAUUUAUCUCGACUCUGAUUGAAAACUCUAUAAUAAAUUUACUAUCAAUAUCAUUUACUCAGUCGACGGGAAUACUAACCAACAAAUUACAAGAGUCAUUAAAAAGUAAAACACCACUAUCCAAUUUACUUAUCAAUGAUAUAACUCAAAGGAAAUUACUUUCUAAUAAACAUUUAAAUUAUAAGCGACUCACUCAGUUUAGUUUUGAACCACCGCAAGAUUUAACUAAUCAUCCUUUAUUAGCAAACUGGUUGAAUAGUUUUAUAAAUGAUUUGAACUCUCUACGAUUAUUUGCGCCAAUAUCAAUUAAAUAUACCUUACUAAAAUCAUUAGAUGAUUCCUUAAUUUCAAUUGCAAGGAUUUUCUCUGUUUUAUUGAUACAUAAUCCAAUAAACAAUCAACCAGCUGAUAUAAAUUUAAAAUCACUCUAUUUUUCAAUAUACGCUUUUAUCUAUCAAAUUCUACCUUACUCUAGAAAUGCUCUCAUGAAAGGUAUUUACGAUCAUGAUAUUAUUCCACCCGUAAAUCAAGAACUACAAAGCAUCAUUGAUAGAUUAGUUAAUUGGCUAGAUAAAUUUAAAUUGUAAUUAUACAUUUUUGUCUUUUC